AUGGGUAACCUGGCACACACUAAAAGCAAAACUACAAUCAGUUACCAAAUGUGGACCCCCCAGAAAUCAAUCAGUCAUACAAAGCUGGAUAUCUUUGUGUUGUGCAAUUCAUAUUCCUUCCGUGAGAAUGAAGCAGGAGAUACCGGACAUCAUCCAAGAGAGACAACCAGCAUGAAAACACAGACAGUUGCUUCUUAUUUUAGAUAUUCUCUGAUGGAUUUGUUAUCCAAAAUGGUCGUCGGCCAGCCUCAUUUUGUUAGGUGCAUCAAGCCAAACAACGACCGGCAAGCAAACAAGUUUGAUAAAGAAAAAGUGUUGGUUCAGCUGCGUUACACGGGAAUUCUGGAGACAGCAAGAAUUCGAAGACAGGGUUAUUCACACCGUAUACUGUUCGCUAACUUCAUAAAACGGUAUUACCUCAUCUGUUACAAAACAAAUGAUGAUCCUCCAGUCAGCCCGGAAACCUGUGCUGCCAUCUUGGAAAAAGCCCGCCUUGACAACUGGGUUCUUGGAAAAACUAAAGUAUUCCUCAAAUACUAUCAUGUGGAACAGCUAAAUUUAAUGCGGAAGGAGACAGUCGACAUGAUUAUUUUGAUUCAAGCUUGUGUCAGAGGGUGGCUGGGUUCAAGGAGAUACAAAAAGAUAAAGGAACAAAGGGAACAAAGUGCUAUUAAAAUACAGUCAGCUUACAGGGGUUUUGUUGCUCGUAAAGAAUACACAAAUGCAAAACGUAAUAAAAAAGUGGAAGAAUCUAUUACUAGACUUCAAGCAAUUGCCAGAGGAUACUUACUCAGGAAGAAGAGAAAAGAACUAACUGAGACAAGAAACAAAGCAGCAAUAACAAUUCAGUCUCACUACAGGGGAUAUAAGGAGAGGAAGAUCUUCAAAAGGAGGAGGGAAUCGCUUAGAAAGAAACAAACUGAAAAUGUAGCAUCCAUUACUGAAAAGGAAAAGGAUGAAGAACUUCAAGAUAAUGAGGAAAGUCCAGCAAGAGUGAAGAGUACCCUUCCUAAAACAGAAGAAGAAGCAGUUGUCAUUGUUCAGAGCCAUUACAGAGGCUACAAAGUCCGUAAAAAAAUAAAGGAACAGCAUGAAAAAAUAGCAGAGGAAGAAUUAUCUGCUGUGGAAUUCCUUGAAGCACAACUGCAGCCGGCUCAAAAUGAUACACUGGAAGAAGCAGCAAACGAGGAGACUCAAGAUGAAGCUGAUGCUGUUACUGACAGCAAGUGCUCUGGGUGCAGUGACACAGGGAAUGUCCAGGAGCAAAAGAAAACAUCUACUGAAGGAGAGGGAGCUUCUGUGAAGCAGAACCCUGCAGUAAAACAUGUUGGUAAAGGUGAAGAACAGGCCUUUUUGGACGAGUUGUCCAGCAAAUCUACUGUCAAAAUCGCAGUUAAACCUAGUCCCCAGCAAGAGCAAAAUAAUCAAGAUACACUCAGUGCAGAUGGGCAAAAGCAAGAAUCUGCUGUGGUCCAGCCCAGGACUGACAGGGAUAUGGAAAGAAACCACCUGAAACAUGAAGCAGUGAUGCCUACAGGAUGUAAAGGAAUUACAAGAAAAGAGUCACUAAGAGGCUCAUGGAAGCAAGUUGAGGCAGAAAAACAAGGUUCAGAAGACAAAGAGAAGGCAGCAGUGGUUAUUCAGAGCAGUUACCGGGGUUACAGAAGGAGGGGACAACUCAGAAAAGAAGGGAAACUACCUUGCAAAAGUCAAGAGAAAACUACAAAGGAGCCAACAGAAGCAGUACAUGUUCAAAAAAAUGAUCCCCAAACAACAGAAGAUAGGGAAAGCACCAGUAAGGAGACUGAAGACUCUAAGACACUGAAGGGAGACUCAGAGAAAGACGCUUGUGAUUUGGCAGCUUUUUCGCGGCAGAUAUCAAAAUUAUCCGAAGACUACUUAGCAUUGCAGCAAAAAUUGAAUGAAAUGAUAUUGUCACAUCAGCUGAAACCCGUGAAGCUGUCCAAAGAUAAGCAAGCUAAUGGCCGACUUUCUUCUCAUGUUUGUCAGUCAGUUGCGGCCAAAGUAGAAGACUCUCGCCCAAUGCAGAGACCUCCAAGGAGGCCACGGAAGCCCAAGACAUUAAAUAAUCCGGAAGACUCUACCUACUACACUCUAAUACAUAAAUCAAUACAAGACGAAAAACGGAAACCAAGAAAAGAAAGUCUGAGCAAAGUGCUAGAUUUAGAUAUCUACUACCAAGAAAUUUCAUCUACUGAUUCCACCUCAAAGGACAGCAGUUCUACCACAAGAAAGAAGAGACACCCAGCUGAGCGCAGGACUUCAAUUUUAAGAGCUACUGAGCGGUCGAGGGUUGCAGAAAGCCCCCUGGAAGAGAGUAAAACCGAAGAUAAUCCCUAUGACUACAGACGACUGCUGCGGAAGACCUCACAGCGCCGGCGCCUUAUCCAGCAGUUCUAGCUGCUGCUGCUGUUCCUGCUGCCAUUUGGCUUUUAAUAGCAUAAUCUUUUUUAUCAUUUUAUACCAUGUGCUUCCUUUUUUUUUUUUAAAUCUCCGAUGUUUCAAGUUUACAACAUGUGUGUUCACGUGAAUAUGAAGUACUGUGGUUUACAGCCCAACACCAUUGCAAAGGGACACUGUCAUUCGCAUAUCUCAUACUUUAAAAAAAUUAAUAUAAAAAUCGGCUUUCUUUCGGAUACCACUGCUACAUCUUAAAAUUAUGAGACAUUAAGCAGCUUAAAUCUAGUUCACUUUCCUCAAUGUAUAUUUCUUUCUUUUUUGCAUUUCAUCAGUCUCAUCCAAUUAAAACAGAUCAUUUAGUUCAUAGUUCCCUGGUUAAGCUUUCAAAUUCCCAUAUGCACCUUCAGAAAACCUUAGUUAUUGUUUCUAAUAAAUUGUUUUACAGGAAAAAAAAAUUACAAGAACACCAUAGGGGAAUUUUUGCUUAUUUUAGGUGUACAAUGCCCAAAUUUUGGGAUGAACUGUUUGUGGCAAGUGUCCCUCUAAUGAAAACAAACGUGAAUGAUUAAUUGGAUAGCAUACUAUGGCAGUUUAUUUCAUUAUUGACUUUACUGUAAAGCUAGUAGCCAGUUUUAAAGGUCAAUACUGUGUGUAUAAUCUUUAUGUUGGAGAUGUCUAUUUAUGGGAAGUAUAUCCACCUCUGAGCUUUGUGACUAAGUGAUGAACUUUUAAAUCGUGUUUGUUUUGUUCUCCUUUGCAUUAGAUUUUUAGGAAUCUUAAUCUCUGGGGUGCCAAGAAAGGAAAAGAAAUACGCUCUCUGGUUGAUUGCUGCCUAGAUGUAAUGAUCAUUCUUAAUCAGUUCCACUAGAAAUUAAGUGGAAAUAAAAGCAAUAGCCACUGUGUUCAAAUUUUCCCCUGAUUCCUUAUUCAAAAGACCUUAUUUCACAGAAACCACACAGAUAAUUGCUGCACUUCCUUUCAGGAUUCGUAAUUGCAUAUUCCCUGCUGCAAAGCAAGAGAAGGCAAAUUUCGUGAUGCCUGUAUAAAGGCCUGAUCCUGCUCCCUUGCUUAGCUCUCCUAAAUACUACGAUUGGCAGCAGCGGCCAGCCACAGAGGUUGGGUUUUGUCCGUUCCACACACACACUUGGCCCUUUCCCCAGAGACAGGUAACCAUUGCUUCCUGAUCUGUAACUAGUUAUAAGGCUGUGCACCGGAUUAAAAGUCGCUGCAAUGUAAAAUUUGCGAUAAAUUGUUUAAAUUCUGAAAUCUGUUUUGAAGUUGCUUUCUCAUGUAUUACUAAAACGGUGAAGUAAAUAAAAAUGCACAAAGCA